AUGAAUUCUCUCAUAUCUAUGGGCUGUUCACCACGUGUGAACUGUCCUGGUGACUUUACACGUGGGCUUGCGCUUUCACCACUACACGUGGCAUGUACAGGAGGCCACCUCACCGUCGUGAAGUCGCUAGUCGAGGAUGAUGGAGUGGAUGUACGACAAGGGGAUGCUUACAACAGGACACCGCUUUACAUGGCUGUCGUCAAGGGACAUCUGAGUAUCACAAGAUUUCUCAUUGAAGCCGGUGCUUCAGCAUAUGCUGUGAACAGUUUCAACAGAGCUUCUCUCAUCCACACUGCAGUACACAGCAAGAACGCUGGCGUUUGCGAGUACCUGCUGACGUUAAACCCUAAUGUGGACGUCCGUGACAACAGUGACAACACCCCGCUACAUCUCGCAGCCAGGUUGGGAUGUGUGGAUAUCUGUAUGUUGCUGUUGGACAAAGGAGCUCAUAUUAACGCUGUGAAUAACUUUGGGAACAGCCCAAUCCUUGAGGCUACCUCGCACUGCAUGUUGGAUGUAAUGGAAUACCUCAUUACCAGAGGAGCGGAUACCAAUGUGAGAGACCGGCUCGGCAAUGGCAUUCUCCACGGGGCUAUACGUAGCAGGUCUUACGCCAUUACUCAUCAUGCUCUUGUUGACAUAAAUCUACCCUUGAGUGUCACCAACUGUGACGGUCAAACACUUCUACAACUCGCAGCCGACUUGAAACUGUGGGAUAUUAUCUGUCUUCUUCUCAACGCUGGCUACAACACUGGAGCUGAGACUGUGACAACAGAUGAGGAUGUUAUGUUGACUCCAGGAAACAUGGCCAUCAGGCACAUGAGACACAUCGCGUCCAAUGCGAGAACUCUUCAGGACCUCUGCUGCUUCAGGAUGAGACACAUACUGGGUACACGUCUCUUAAACACACUGAUCAACUACACCAAUACAGGUGAUCCACUAGACACUCUAACUCUACAGCUGACCCACUACAUCACUACAGCUGAUCCACUAGACCCUCUAACUCUACAGCUGAUCCACUACACAACUACAGCUGAUCCACUAGACACUCUAACUCUACAGCUGAUCCACUACACCACUACAGCUGAUCCACUAGACACUGACCCUAAGACACACCGAACAACUCGACGUAUGAUCCACUAG